AUGUCUCUUAACCAAAAUAAAUAUCCUGAGAAUAAUUCUUUUAUGCUUAAACAAAGCAACACUAAUUAUAAUUACCAUAUUAUUAAUGAAGGAUUUUAUCCAUCAAAUAGUAAAAUAUACUAUAUUUCAGCAUGUUCUCAUAGUGAAACUAAAUACAAAAUUUCAGAUAAUUAUUUAGUUCAAACUAGCUGGGGCAGAGGAAAAUCACAGCAUAUAAUAAAGUGUGAAAUUGAAUAUGAUUCGGAUAGGCCAGUUUUUAGGAUUAG